AGUCUCCGGUCCGUCUGCCGGCGACGCGGGGCGCAGUCGGUGCACGGAGAGGACGAGGCGCUGCGGAUGUUCGCGGUCACAUCAACCCGCAGACAACAGCACAGAGCGCGGAAAAAAACAACAACAACAACCACAACAACAACAACAACAACCACCUAUUUUCGUUGUGGAUGUGAUCCUCCUUCUCCUCGUCGCUGCAGCGCGUCAGUGGACAUUUGAUCUAUAGACGCGCAUCAGAACCGAAGACAAGAACUGCGUGGAAAGUUCCCCACUGCGUUGGUUUAAACUUAAAAAAAGAACCACGAGGCGCAUUUGGAGGCGGUCGGUGCGCAUUUGGAGGCGGUCGGUGCGCAUUUGGAGGCGUCGGUGCGCAUUUGGAGGCGGUCGGUGCGCAGGUGGAUCGGUCGGUGCGCGGGUCUCAGAGCGGCAAAGCGGGGCGCGCCUCGCUCGCGAACAUUCUUCUUCUAUUUCUUUUUUUUUUACGCGCACCGAGGAGGGGAAAGGGGGGGUGAGGGGGGGUCGAGCAGCGAUCGAGCGACACCGGGAAUCCGGGACGAGGAGCUGGAGAUUUACAAACGAGCACUGGGAUUAUUGUGGAAAUGAAAACUCCAACGCGGUGACCAUCGACGGCAUCGGGGGACGAUGUUUGGAAAAAACAACCCCAAAACCGCCUCAGAGAGAUGGCCUUGGAUUCUGCUGUGAAGCUGCGUCCCUGCAAACCCGCAUCCCCGAAUAUCCGGUCGCUGAGCGAGCCAGAGACGCCGAGGCCGUGAACAGCGGGCCGAGCCCGUGAGCGAACCCAUGGCAGAGAGGCAGCACGGCGCAGGUUCCCAUGUAUGACUCUACCAUGGACCACAUCAUCUACUGCCUGCUGGUCCUGGGAGCCACAGUGAUGACCACCUGUGCAUGCCCCAAGUACUGUGUAUGCCAGAAUCUGUCCGAAUCCCUGGGGACGCUGUGUCCCGCCAAAGGCCUUCUUUUUGUGCCUCCGGACAUUGACCGCAGCACGGUGGAGCUCCGGCUGGGAGGCAACUACAUCCUCCGCAUUACUCAGCAGGACUUUGCCAAUAUGACCGACCUGGUGGACCUGACCCUCUCCAGGAACACCAUCAGCUACAUUCAGCCCUUCUCCUUUGGCGACUUAGAAACUCUGCGCUCUCUUCAUCUGGACAACAACCGCUUGACCGAGCUUGGUCCCGAUGACCUGAGAGGCCUGGUCAACCUGCAGCACCUCAUCGUUAACAACAACCAACUUGGACGCAUCCACGACAAGGCCUUUGAGGACUUGGCACCUUCCUUGGAGGACGUGGAUCUCUCCUACAACAACCUGGUGUCUCUGCCCUGGCACUCUGUCCGCCAGAUGGUAAACCUGCACCAGCUGAGUCUCGACCACAACUUGCUGGACUUCAUUCCAGAGGGCACCUUCACGGACCUUGACAGGCUGGCGAGAUUGGACCUGACCUCCAAUCGCUUGCAGAAGCUUCCCCCGGACCCCAUCUUUGCCCGCGCCCAGGACUCAAUGAUGCUGACUACUCCCUACGCACCCCAGCUGUCCCUCAGUAUAGGCGGAAACCCGUUGCACUGCAAUUGCGAGAUGCUGUGGCUGAGGCGGCUCGAGAGAGACGACGACCUGGAAACCUGUGCCUCCCCUCCGACCCUGAAGGGCCGCUACUUUUGGAACGUGAAGGAGGAGGAGUUUGUGUGUCAGCCCCCUCUCAUUACUCAGCACACCCACAGAAUGCUGGUCCUGGAGGGCCAGACCGCCGGCCUCAGGUGCGAAGCAAUCGGAGACCCUUUGCCCACCAUCCACUGGAUCUCCCCUGAGGAUCGUCUGCUUGGCAACUCGUCCCGGACCGCAGUGUACAGCAACGGAACCCUGAGCAUCACCAUCACCACGUCCAAGGACUACGGCACCUUCACCUGCAUAGCGGCCAACGUGGCCGGCGAGUCCACCGCCUCCGUAGAGGUGUCCAUCGUUCAGCUGCCCCACCUCAGCAACGGCACAGGGCAGCCGGCGCCGCCAAAGUCCCGUCUCUCCGAUAUCACAGGGACCACCAGGAUCAGCAAAGGCGUUCCCAGUAGCCCGCCGGAGAGGACCGUGUCCGUCUCUGAGGUGACGGCCGUCUCAGCCCUGGUCAAGUGGACGGUGAGCAAAUCGUCCCCCAAGGUGAAGAUGUACCAGCUCCAGUACAACUGCUCCGAUGACGAGGUUCUGAUUUACAGGAUGAUCCCGGCCUCCAGCAAAGCGUUCCUGGUCACUAAUCUGGUGUCGGGGACCCGCUACGAUCUGUGUGUGCUGGCCGCCUGGGACGACACCGCCACCACGCUGACGGCCACCAACGUGGUGGGCUGCACCCAUUUCAUCACCCAGGACGACUACCCUCAGUGCCAGUCUCUGCCCAGCCAGCUGCUGGGGGGCACCAUGAUCCUGGUGGUGGGGGGCAUCAUCGUAGCAACCUUGUUGGUCUUCAUCGUCAUCCUCAUGCUGCGCUACAAGGCCGCCGACACGGAGCCCCCGGCGGGGAAACUGACCAGCGUCAUCGACACGCACUCGCAGACCAACGGGGGGCGCGUCGGGCAGAACGGGCUCCUCAUGCCCCCGUCUCAGCCCGAGCCCCGGGUCAAGGCCAAAGUGGCCCUGAAGGACGAGGUGGUGGAAUUCAAGUGCGGCUCCCUGCAGAGCAGCCUCACCUCGUCCUCCUCGUCCUCGGGCUCCGUGGCGGGGGGCCAGUACAGCCCCAACAGCACACUUGCCAACAUUUGGAGGUCAGCGAACUCCAAGCCUCGGUCCAACCUGGACCACCUGCUCGGGGCCCUGUCCCAGCUGGAGCUGCGGGGGGCGCAGGGCCGCGACCCGGGGGGCGCCUGCGGCGCGGCGGCCUCGGCGAAGAAAGGCCGCGCGGACAAGGAGCCGCUGCUGGGCCGGACGCUGGACUCCAGGCUCAGCCGGCUCCUCAUGCUACCGCUGGACUCCAAGCCAAAGAGGAGCCAGUCCUUCGACAUGGGAGACAUUACGGGCGCCGGCGCCGCUCAGCUGUCCGGCAAAUCCCGCCGGAUCGGCAGCAUCUGGACUAGGAGGAGCCUGUCUGUGAACGGCAUGCUGCUGCAGUGCGACGAGGAGGGGGACACGGGGGGGAGCGAGGGGACGAUAGACGGCGCCGACUGGGUGAUGGAGAGUACUGUCUAGGGAGGACGGAGGGCCAAAAGGACCGGCGACGCCGAGACAGACCGCAGCCUUUGUCCUGCAUGAAGCACGCUCACUUUCAUCCCGUCCCCUGACCCGAGUGGGACAGGACGACGGGUCUUUAUAGUCACGGCCAAAAGCAAACUUCUGGAAUAAGACCGUUGGAUUGUUUUGGCCCACACUUUGUACAGAGACGGAUUUAAAUGGUCGGUUGGCUUCAAAAGGGCCAAAGGGGAAACGACGGAGCCGUGCUUUUGGUUAUCUGAUCAUGCACAUGGACAGCUAUUAUUCUGUAUAAAUUGAAUGUGUGUAUGGAGUUUUAGAUUUUUUAUUUCGCUGGUCAAACCCGAUUGGUCCCUUGCUGGUUUCUGCCUUGACACAGAAUCAAGGCCUGACCAGUGGUUACACUAUAAAUUCUGCUACUGUAAAUUCAUCCUCAUGCCAGUUACCUACUGAUGCAGUUGAACCUCCUCCGACACAAUGGUGAAGUAAAUAUACGUAGAUGUGAUGCUUUGAUUCAUGAAGAUUUAAGAAAAAACAUUUAUUGACAAAGCCGUAUGUGAAUAUAUUUACUUUCUAUACAGAGCAUAUAUUUGAGGGGGUCACUCAAUAAUCAUAAUAAUAAACUCAUCAUAUGAAAUUUUCUGUGAUUGCAUAGAUUCAAAAACCCCAUUAUCUCUUAAACUAUGACUGUAUUGUAUGUGAAGACUUAAUUGUUUAAAAAAUGCCAAAAUAUUGAAGCAGAGAGUGGUGCAAUGGGCAGGAUGUUCCAAGACUAUUUAGUUUGUGUAUAUUUGUUAGUAGAGGAAUGAAUGGUGUGUUAUGGAGUUUAGUGUUGUUCAUUGAAAGCUUCUUUUUCAAAAGACGCAUUCGCCGCGUCGUCACUGAACAUUGGCCAAAAGCUCAAUCAGGAUAAAUGUGUUAAGAUAAUUCUGGUUCAUUACAACUGGUUAGCUUUGAUCACAUGUGGAUUUGUAGCGAUAUGAAGAGCAGUUGCCGUAUCUUGCUAGCCAAACAGCUACUGUGGUGCUAAUGUAGCAGCAAGCCGGCUCACGCUAACAGGCGGUGGAUUGGGGGGCGGGCAUGUGGGCGGGGCCUCGAUACUGCAGCUCUGGAUCCAAAAUGGCAGCUUCCGUAUGCGAGAUACUUUGGCUCCACUUUUUCUACAGCGGGAGGAAGCGGGGGGACGCUUUGUCCAUCUACGUCCAGAUGCAGAAGACAGCAUGAGCACAGCCGACCCCUUUCUAUUGCAAUGUGUUCAAGUUGUAUAAAACCAGAAUUAUCCUUUACACACUACGUUCAUUUGGUGUGAAGUUGCUACUUGUUGAGUAUCUUUAAAAAAUACAAGUCCAGUCACUGAUGCUCUCAUUUUGUCUACCAAGUCAGUGAGUUUUAGGUAUACAGAAUAAAAGAAAAUGGUGCAUACAAAUGUUUGACAGCUGGUUGAUCCCCUCAAGGUCAAAGGUUCAUAGAACCUGUUCCAUCAGGAGGAGAUCUGGGUUUUUAUAAGGGUUUAAAUAUGUAUUAAUUAACCUAUUUAAUGAAAGUUUACUGUCCAGAACGUUUUUAUUAAACAACACAAAGUUGUUUGCUCUAUUUAUCUGGUGUUGCAUGUUUCUGCCCAACGGAUCCAUGAGCAGUUCAGUCCUGUGUAAACACCCAUAUUGUCACUUCUCACGUGGGGUCCGAAUGACUUUUUUUGUGAUAUUUCUGAUAUGACUGCGCGUGUACAGUGUCUCUAUAUAUUGGAUUAUUUUUCCGUACCAUACUCCAGUUGGAAUAUGUGAGGCAGUGGAAGAGGGGAGCAGCAGCAGCUCCACUGUGUUGUUACAGUGUUGUUGCUCACGUCGUACCCCGAGCUGUAAAAGAUGUUACUGUUGUUCAAAUAAUAUGUAAUGUUUUGCUAAAAUAAAACUGAAAAAUCUCCUGCGAUAGCCAUGUGAUGUCAGAGCUGCUGCAUUUAGGUUAUGUUGGGACUAUAAAUAAACAAAAACAAAAAAAAAGGUUAUAAAUUAAAAAAAGUCAUCAUCAACGUGAGACCCUCAAGGAGGAAGAGCGAUAUAAAAAACAGUAAUGAAAGUGGAUUGGAUUUGCAAAAUGCCAAUUUAAUUGCAAAUAAAAAUGUUAACCGGG